AUGAUCGGUUACUUAAGUUCUGUGCCUCAUAACAUGUACCUGUGGACACGUAGAGUGUUUCACUGGGAUCAGAAUCAGUACAGUUUGUACUCGUCACUUAGCAUGAUAGCUGAGCAACUGGCGGUACUCAGUACUGCACUAAUAUUCCGCAGACUAACUCUACACGACUGUGAGAUUGGUGCAGCAUCACUCCUUGCUUUGUUUGUGAAAAACUUGGCUUUUGGAUUUCUUACCACUUCCAGUCAGUGGUGGGUUAUAUAUGUGUUUAUUAUCGUGCCAAGCAUACUUCCAACUAUCGCAAUAAGGAGCCAAAUAUCUAAGCUGUGUGAUGGGGAGGAGAUUGGUAGAUAUUUUUCACUGCUGGCCAUCCUGGAAGUGUUGUGGCCCCUGCUAGAUACUGCCAUCUUCACCGCCGUCUACACGUCUACUCUCUCCUUCUACCCGUCCUAUCAACAUCUGGUCUCUGCUGGCUUCUGUGUUUAUGUUCUUACAGGCUUUCUGUUACUUAGGCUGUCCCUGUCCAGCUGUCAGCGUUCACAUACAGUACCUGAUGCCAAACGCUCACCUGCAGUACCUGAUGUCAAAGGUUCACCAACAAUAUCUAAUGUCAAAGGCUUACAUACAGUACUUGAUGUCAAAGACUUACCUACAGUAUCUAAUGUCAAAGGUUCACUUGCAGUACCUGAUGUCAAAGGUUCACCUACAGUAACUGAUGUCAAUGGUUCAUUUACAGUACUUAAAGUCACAGUAUAUACAACCCCUCAAAAUACUUCUUAAAUCACAACCAAAGCUUCGCCUUGAAGCCAAACAUGAUGCCUUAAGCUGUAUUGAUAACUUAGUCACACAGCACACUCAAAAAAUAUUUACGUUGAUGGUUCUGUUCACCAAUCCACUGGUGCA